AUGCACAAAGUUUGUGUUUCAUCCCAUGGAUCUUAUCCCAACAAUCUGCAGGAUAUCAUGCCGGAUAUUUCAUUUGACGAGAAUCCCUUAUUCAGCAAAAGACUGGUGCCAAAAGGCGAUCUCCUUGAUGCAACAGAUAGUAGCAAUAGACUUCUGUGGUACGUCGAAUAUAAAACCAUCAACGUUGAGGUACUUUUCGUGCUUUUUAAUUUGUCAGAUGAUUAA